AUGGUGGUGUUUGUGGUUGGAGCAGAGCAGGCAGGAAAAACGCUCUUGUGUCUCAAACUUUCCACUUCCGACCGAGACGAAUAUCCGAGUCCCAAGACCACCAAAACCCAAUCCACGGUGGGCGUGAAUCACUUCAACGUGGACUUUAACGUGUUGAGGGCUCGUCAUCAAAGCCGAAAGAACCAAAGUCAAACCGAACCGAGGGUAGUGGUCAAGGAACUUGGUGGACAAUUGUGCCAGAAUUGGUUGGCCUACUUUGGUCCGGAUAUUCGGGAUCUCAUCUUUGUGAUUGAUGUGAGUGACUUGAGCGUUAUUGCUCGGAUUGGUGUUCAUCUCUUGGAGUGCCUGAACCAUUUUGGUGCCUUAAAGGAAUCCACCCGUGUUCUCAUUGUGUACUCAAAGAUUGACUUGGUGACCAAGGAUUUGAACGUUCAUCUACGGAGAGUGCGCAAUAUUCUUCGAUUGACCUAUUUAUUCGCGUGGUAUCAGACGAUCGACUUCCAAGAAGUGACUUACAGUGCUUACGAAGAUCAGGGCCUUCCCUAUAUCAAGAAUUGGCUGAGACUUCUGGACUAG